CAGUGUUUGACGAAGAACCUUUCCAGAUACGCUGCAGAUAUCAAGUCGUUGCCACCCAACAUAAAGGAUAAACUGAUUAAAUUAAUGAGUAGCCAAGGGCAAAUAACUGAUUCAAAUAUCAGUGAGGUAUUGCACCCUGCUGUAGAGUCUCUAUACCUCCAAAACUGUGAUAUUUCAGAUAAUGCAUUAUUGCAGCUUUAUAACUGCAAGCAACUGAAAACAAUCGUCUUAAAUUCUGGCCAAAAAAACAGAUUGGGAAUCACUUCAGAAGGUGUCAUAGCCCUGGCCUUAUCCUGUCCUUACUUGCAUGAAGUGUCUUUUAAAAGGUGCUGCGAUAUAACUGACAGUGGAAUUCUUGCUCUUGCACUCAACUGCCAGUUCCUACAGAUAGUGAGCUUGGGCAGCUGUUCAGGCAUCACAGAUGCAUCUCUGCAGGCACUAGGAGAAAACUGCAAAUUUCUUCACAGUGUGGAUUUUUCAUCUACUCAGGUAACAGAUGAUGGCGUUGUAGCACUAGUGAGUGGAACAUGUUCAAAGAAUUUAAAGGAGAUCCACAUGGAAUGCUGCGUGAAUCUGACCGAUGUCGCUGUGGAAGCGGUUCUUACUUACUGUCCGAAGAUACACAUUUUACUGUUCCACGGAUGCCCAUUGAUAACAGAUCGUUCCCGAGAUGUUUUAGAUCAGCUAGUCGUAUCAAACAAAAUCACACAACUAACAUGGACUGUGUACUGAUUAUUUGUCAUGUACGUAGGAGUGUAAAGUUUACAGAUGGGAGAGCUCUUUCAGAAAACAAGCACCUUGGAGAAACAGCUGGUGACUU